AUGGCGUUCUCGUCGACGCCGCGGACCGUCGGCGCCGCGUCCGGCGCGACGGCGCUCUCCUCGGCGGACGUCGACGGCGACGCCGACGUCGACGUCGUCGCCGCGGCGCUCCUCGGCGACGCGGUGUCGUGGCACGAAAACGACGGCAGCCUGAGCUUCGCGCCUCGGACGAUCGCGACGCCGGACGGCCCCAUGGGCGUCUUCGCCGUCGACGUCGACGGCGACGCCGACGUGGACAUCCUGGCGGCUCUUUACAAGACGGACGUUAUCGCGUGGUACGAAAACGUCGGGUCCUCAAUGUUCACUUCGCGCUCGGUCGCUUCGUCAGUGGAUGGUGCCAAGGAUGUGUUUGUGUACGACGUCGACCGCGACGGCGACUUGGACGUGCUCUCUGCGUCCGGCCUCGACGACACGAUCGCGUGGUACGAGAACGACGGAUCCGAGGGUUUUACGCCGCGCGUGAUCACGGCGUCCGCGGAUAGCGCCACGUCCGUGUCCGCGGUCGACGUCGACGGCGACGCGGACGUGGACGUCCUUGCGACGGCUGCGGUCGACAACUCGCUCACGUGGUACCAGAACGACGGCUCCCAGUCCUUUACCGCGAGCAGCCUGUCGACGUCGCUGACGGGCGCGUACGCCGUGCAUUUGGCGGACGUCGACGGCGACGGCGACAGCGACGUGCUCGUCACGGCGGUCGGUAUCGAUUCGGUGCGGUGGUUCGAGAACGGCGGCGAGAACAUGUUCGGAGUCUACGAGUGGACCGAGCGCGAGAUCAGCGCCGCCGCGGACUACGCCGUGUGCGUGUACGCGCUCGAUCUCGACGGCGACGGCGACGUGGACGCGCUAUCGGCGUCGUACAACGACGACACGGUCGCGUGGUACGAGAACGACGGGUCGCAGUCGUUCGCGGAGCGGAUCGUGUCGACGUUGGCCGACGGCGUGUGGUCGGUGACGGCGCUGGACGUGGACGGCGACGGCGACGCGGACAUGUUCUCGGCGUCGGAGAACGACGACUCGGUA